UUGAAUUGAGCUCUAACAGCAGGCUGACACCGACACUGCGUUACGUUUAGCUGUCAACAAACUUAAGUAGACACUUUUCGGAAGUUUGGACUAUUUUUGUUUUACGCUGAAAAGGCAACAUGCAUUGAUACCAGAUUGGAGACAUAACGGAGAGAUGUCGCAGCUAUUCUGAAGAGGGUUUUUGGACCGAAAGGGGACUCUUCAUUGUAUUGUGACUUUCUGGCUCGGAAGCUAAUUUGGCUAAGUUAGCUUGAGAGCUAAUUUAACUGGUCAGCGGCCUAAUUCUCUUAUUAAAGGUACCAGCAAUCGAAAAACUCGUUUGGACAGUUUGGUGUCGCCUUCGGUUCCCGCCAUGGCUGACAGCAGCAUACUGACUUUAGGGACAGCUCGGAGUCUGUUGGACUCUUCAGUCUAUGAUUCGAGGAUCGCCGAAACCACCAAGGACCAUGUAUUUCUGGGCAUGGCAUGUGAAGAUGGGGAAGACAUGCAUCCAAAAGUGGAGACGAGGGUCGUUCUGGUGGGAGAAGCCGGCAGAAAUGGAGCUCUGGUCAAAGCCCUGCAGGCCAUCAAAGUAAUGGAGGUACCCGUGGUAAAGAUAAGGGAAGGCGAGGCGGGUGCUGAGGAGAAAAUGAUGAUAAAAUCUAUAGUCAAUAUGGACAUCAACACGCCGUGCCUGAUUACAGACAGCGUCCAGGAGUUUGGAGACGGAGAGAACACGGACUUCGAGACAGUCUUCGUCCUAACAGACUUUGAUUGUCCCGAGUACAGCUACCUCUACAAACGGGACAACCGCAUUGUGGGGCCUCCUGUUGUCCUGCACUGUGCUGCAAAGGAUGAACCUUUACAGUUUUCCUGUCGUCCUCUCUACUCCACCACGAUGCUCAACCUGUCGCUGUGCUUCACUGGCUUCAGGAACAAAGAGGAAAUGAAAAACCUGGUGAACCUGGUGCAUCACAUGGGUGGAACCAUCCGGAAAGACUUCAGCACCAAGGUUACUCAUCUCAUCGCCUACUCCACCCACGGAGAAAAAUACAGGCUGGCGGUGUGCAUGGGGACCCCCAUCCUCACUCCGUUGUGGAUUCUCAAGGCCUGGGAGAAGAGAGAUGAAGAGCUCUUCCAUGCAGGAGAAGAGGAGUUUCGGACAGAGUUCAAAGUGCCUCCAUUCCAGGACUGCGUGCUUAGUUUUUUGGGUUUCUCCGAUGAAGAGAAGGUCAACAUGGAGGAGAGGACUCUCAAACAUGGCGGCAGUUAUCUCGAGGUCGGAGAUGAGAGGUGUACGCACAUGGUGGUGGAGGAGAACUCGGUGAAGGAGCUGCCUUUCUCUCCGACAAAAAAACUCUAUGUGGUCAAACAGGAGUGGUUCUGGGGAAGCAUUCAGAUGGACGCCCGGGCCGGGGAGUCCAUGUAUCUCUACGAGAAGAACGACAGCCCAGCCAUGAAGAAGGCCGUGUCCCUCCUGUCCAUCACCACCCCCAACAGCAACCGUAAACGCAGACGUUUCAGGGACACGCUGGCUCAGCUAACCAAGGAGACGGAGAUCUCCCCCUUCCCUCCACCGCGCAAGAGGCCGUCAGCAGAGCACUCCCUCUCCAUGGGUUCUCUGUUAGACAUCUCCAACACCCCUGACACAUGUAAAGCCUUAGCAGAGAGUUCAAAGCCCUCCAAGAGUUCAACUCCGGCUCUGUCCAAGCAGUCAGCCAGGUGGCAGGUCUCCAAGGAGCUCUACCAGACUGAGAGCAACUACGUGGACAUUUUAAGCACCAUCCUCCAGCUUUUCAAGAUUCCUUUGGAGAAAGAGGAGCAGGUGGGCGGACCCAUUCUGGCCCAAGAGGAAAUGAAGACAAUAUUUGGAAGCAUCCCAGACAUCUACGAGGUUCACAAAAGAAUAAAGAGUGAUCUUGAGGAACUCCUGACAGACUGGUCAGAGGACAGGAGCGUCGGUGACAUCAUUCUUAAAUAUUCGAGAGAGCUGGUCAGGGCCUACCCUCCCUUUGUCAACUUUUUUGAAAUGAGCAAGGAGACCAUUGUUCGCUGUGAGAAACAAAAGCCACGCUUCCACGCUUUUCUCAAGAUCAACCAGUCCAAGCCGGAGUGCGGCAGACAGACGCUGGUGGAGCUGCUCAUCAGACCUGUUCAGAGACUGCCCAGUGUAGCUCUUCUUCUUAACGACAUAAAGAAGCAUACGUCAGAUGACAACCCAGACAAGAUAACACUGGAGAAAGCAAUCGAGUCUCUGAGAGAAGUCAUGACCCAUAUCAACGAGGACAAGAGGAAGACUGAAGGCCAGAAGCAGAUCUUUGAUGUCGUUUAUGAAGUUGACGGCUGUCCUGCCAACUUGCUGUCCUCCCAUCGCAGCCUGGUUCAUAGAGUAGAAACGAUUGCCCUGGGAGACCAGCCCUGUGACCGUGGGGAACAUGUGACCCUCUUCCUCUUCAAUGACUGCCUAGAGAUUGCGAGGAAGCGACACAAGGUGAUCAAUACAUUCAAGAGUCCACUGGGACAGACAAGACCGCCGCCCCCGCUCAAGCACAUUGCACUGAUGCCACUGUCCCAGAUACGAAGAGUGCUGGACCUGCAGGACACAGAAGAGUGUGUGAAUGCCUUCGCCUUGGUGGUCCGCCCUCCGACUGAACAGGAGAACUUGUUGUUCAGUUUUAAACUGGCUGGAGAGGAAACCGUUAAAAGCACCUGGCUGCGAACACUUUGCCGCCAUGUUGCCAACACCAUCUGCAGGGCUGACGCGGAGGACAUGAUUCAGUGCACGGACCCAGACUCACUACAGGUCAGCACAAAGGAUAUGGACAGCACCCUGAGCAAAGCCUCCAGGGCCAUCAAGAAAACUUCCAAAAAGGUAACGAGGGCCUUUUCUUUCACCAAGACCCCGAAGCGUGUGAUCCAGAGGGCGUUCAUGGCCAACAGUACACCAGACGAGAAAAGCCAGAGGCUGAGUUGUGAAAACCGCAUUGGCAGCAGUUCCACUCUGGCUAUGUCUCGCUCUGCCUCAACAUUCAGUUUGAGUGAUUCUGCCAAGGGUAGUGCCAUGGUGCAGCGCUCAAACUCUCUGGACCAUCCUCCAAUCAGAGCUAGGGUCUCUGUCUGCAUGCGUAACCCCUCCAACCCACACCAAACUCCCCCUUGUAGCCCCAACACUCGCCCAGAGUACAGCCAAGGCCUGCGCCCAAACUAUUACAACCAAGAACGCAAGUCCAUCCUUCAUGCUCCAUUAUCGGCCCAAUCAACUCAACUGCGAUCAGCCCCGUACAAUUCCCAACAGCCGGCAUCUUCACCCCAACGCAGCUCCACUUCCAUUCCAGCUGUCCCAAACUUGGUUCAGGCCAACACCAACGCCUCUCAGCCAAAACCUAGCCAGCAUGUGCCCAGGCACCUACCCUCUGUAGGGAUCCAGAGAAGGUUCCCAGCUCCUCAGCAGGUCAAUGUCAAAGGCAGAAUCUUUUCUGAGUCGUCCAGGGAUCCUCUAGUCGCCUUGGAUCCACGCAAGGCUAUCCUGACCAGUCCUCGUAGGGAGACUCUGCUCUAAACCAGCGCUAAGUCUCGCAGUCUGACGCCCACCAUUCCCCCUCCAUGGUCAAUCUGCCCUCCAUGUUCGAGAGGAAGUACCACACAUUCAGUCGAUCAACCACCCACCUCUUCUGAGAUGCACCGACACGACUCAACCCAUCUUCUCACCUCCUUUGCCUUUACUGUAACUAACAGCAGGACAUGACUGGACAUGUGAGUGACAUUUAAGCUAGCUUUAAAGCAUGGAGAACGUGUCCGUACUUCGGAUCUGCACAAAUCCACGAGGAAUGUCAUGUAGCCACAUUUUGAAAAAUGCACUGAAGCUGUGGACAAACUUGAAUCUGAUACUUGACACUAUCAGAAUUGUCCAGCUACUAUUGGUGCCUCUUCGCUGCAACUUGGGCCAAGUAGAGUUGAAUUGAGAAGCCUAUCGUGUGUUAUCGUCUGCAAAAAAAUCUAUAUUUUUUGCUGACAGGGCACAAAAAAAUAUAGUUUCUUAUCGGAUGUUUUAACAUGCACAAAUAAGAGGAUUUACCUGGAGCGGUACUGCAUCAUACUAGUGGCUACAGAUUAGCGAUUAGCACCACGCUAACGGCUACAGAUUAGCGAUUAGCAUGGGUUCUGGUGAGCUUAAAGCCUUACCCUAAAAAGAAAAAGUGAAGGAUGCUCUUUUUGACUACAUUUGUUUAUGGAUUGUCUUGGGGUGUUUUUCAUUGGAUGUCAAAGUUAUUCACCUUUUACAGUUCGCCUCUUGCUGGGCCUUCUGGUUGGUUACCUAGUCGGCCUUGUCGAGUGAAGUGAUAACACUAACUUUAAGUAAACGACUUCAUCUGUCCUCGGGUCGAAAUAGGGACUUCGACCUGUCGCCUGAAAGUCGCUGGAUGUUCAAGUUUAAUUUCACCUUGCAUCAAAAGAAGCGUUUAAUCUAAUAUGUUUUUAUUUGCAUUGCUAAGCUGUUUAGGAUUUAUAAAAGUUAAAUUUGACUGAUUGAUUGAGCGCCCUUUGCUGUAUUAUGGCUUCUUCUUUUUUUUGUAUUAACAUGCUAGGUAAACGACUUCUUAUUUAAACUGACAUUUAGUCUUGUGUUGUUUUAGCGGGUAGAUUUAAUUUCACUUGAUUUAAUAAUAUGACUUAUUAUAAAUUAACCCACCUUCAAAGUGUAAACGUACGACAGCUUCCAGCUUUUAUAAAGCUUUUAAUUUAGCAUUUACGAGAUUCAGCGGAGAAAAUGCUCAGCCACAUCUGCUUACCCGUCCACGUUUUAAAUGUUUGUUUUUUUUAACCGUGUCUUUCUCUGUGUGUGUCUGUCAAAGAAGGGACGCUGCGUCAGUGUACAUAUUUAUUCUGGAUGAAUACAUUUUAAUAUCUGUUUUUCUUUAUCUACUCUUUCUAUUUAUGUUUUUUCACUUUUCUCUGUUUUUUUUAAUCGACUUUAAAUCAUCUCCUUUUGUUUAAUCUUUGUAUUAAAUGCACUUAAACAUGUA